CUAUAUAACACAACACCCAUGCGCACGCGCGUGCGUCGGAUCUCAUAAUCAUCUGUUUUAUUCAGCUUGGAUCUAGUGUAUAUACGCUCAGUGCUGUAUUGCUGUUUCUUUGAUGUGUCACUAGAUUGGAAUUAAUCUGUAUAUAAAUUUGUUUUCUCGUAUAGAAAUGAGAAAUGUCUUGUCAAAUUAAAGAGAUCGCAAACCUGGUGAAUCUCAGUGAUAUCAAGCAUUGUUUGCUCGGCGACGUUAAUAAAGAAUUGGAUAAUGUACCUGCAAACGAGUUGCCACUGCAAAAUUGCGUUGUUUCACUGUCACCUGUUGGUGACAUAUUAGUUAUUGCUUGGAAUACUCGUUUAGUUAUACUAGCUUCUAAAUGGGAUUCUCAAGAAGCGAGUGAAGUAAAAUAUAAAUUUCAUAUUGCCUGGGAUGGUGAAGUUACUCAAAAACAAAAUGAGUGGAUUACUUCUGUUAUAUGUCUUCCAUUGAUCUCCCAUGGCAAGUCAAGUGCUGGUGUUGACUGGACUUGUAUAGGUGUAGGUUUUAAUAAUGGCUUUAUCAAAUUCUACACAGAAACUGGUGACUUCUUAUUUGAAGAGCAAUUGCACAACGAAAUCAUCAUAAAUAUAAAAUGCCAGUCACACAAUUCUGCAAGACAUUCAGGAGAGGUAGGAAUGUCAGAAGAAAUUUAUGUGCUAUACAAUUCCGUUAUAUGCAUUUUACAAGGAUUUUCAUUGUUUUCAACGUUGAGAGCAUACCGAAAUCAUUUAGCAAGAGUGAAAGCAAAUUGUGAUAAUACAACUCCAGCAGUUAAUCUAGUUUGUAAAAAGUGGGGAUUCAAAAAUCAAGAUUUCGUCAAUGAUUGUCAAGUCAUUGGCUGGACAUCUGUAAAUACUUUUGAUCACCUCAUGACGGCAUCUAUAAGUGGUGGUUAUAAUGCUAGUUAUCGCUCCAGUGCACCACAACAGAGUUUAGUCAUGGCUACAGGUAAAAGACCAUUUAUUGGCUUUCACUUUGCUCUGGAAGGUGGUACUGCUCCAGUUUUUACUGAUGUAGCAAUCGCCAUGGCUAGCAAAGUUGCAAGCGCCAUUGGUUCUGCUGUUCCAUGGUUUAAAAGUAACUCGAAAAAUUCUCCAACGGCUGAAAAGACAAAGAGUCUAAGCAUAGAACCAGCUGAGUCAAUGGCGUGUAGAUUUGGUCUAAGUGAUAUCCUUCGAGAAGGAGAUUGUUUAAUAGUUAGUCCAAAUAAGUUAUUGUCAGUUAUAUGCGAUGCUAUGGGAAGAGUUAUUUUGGUGGAUAAUAAACAGGGAAUUGCAAUAAGAAUGUGGAAAGGCUAUCGAGAUGGUCAAUGCGGGUGGAUAGAAGCUGUGGAAGACCGAAUUCACAAAUCUUCGAAAAGUCAACUCGGCAGAAAGAGUGCAUAUCAAUCGUCGCAAGCUCCAAAACAAACAGCAUUAUUUUUAGUGAUCUACGCACCCAAGAAGGGUAUUAUUGACAUCUGGAGCAUUCAAUUUGGAAUUAAAAUCACAACCUUUUCGGCUAGUAAAAAUGGAAGGCUCCUCUACACUAAUUAUGGUUUAUGUGGGUUAAAUGAUGUUGCAACGGCUGGAAAUAAAGCACUAUACCCUUGUAUCUUUAUGGAUCCACUUGGAAGCAUACGACAAAUCAUUGUUCCAUUCCACUUUGCUUUAAGCAAUCAAAAUAGUAAUAGAGCUAGAGACAUACACUUGUUCAAAAAAUUGAAAAGAUUUCUGAGAGAAGGAGAGUUUGACGAGUCGAAAUUAAUCGAUGAAAUCACAAAUAUUUGUUUGGAUUUAAGAACGAACGACGUUCGAUUACAAAGUAUUGAAAUGCUUAUGGCGAGCAAGUAUAUCACGCCUGAUUCUUUACUUGCGGCCACUAAUUGUUUUUCCAAACAGUUGGAUAUACAAGAUGAAGAUGAUACAGAAUCGGUUACCAAAGCUCUCAGUCAGACAAUUAAUCAGCUGAAAAGAGCGAUUAAGUUUUUCAAAUACAUAAAAGCGCAAUUUGAUCAGCCUCCCGAGUAUUAUACUGUAGCUUCAGACGUAGUUCCUGACAGAAAGCAAUUAUCUUCCAUAUUAUUCACUUCUGAACGGGAAGUUCUUAGGAUAUUGAAGCUUUCAAAAACAUUGUCAGAUUUGCGUGACACCGAUCCAAAGACUCAAACGAGAGUAACAUUUAAAGAAGGCGACAUAUCGUUUUUAGAUUUUCUGAGUAGUUUUGAAUUCGGUUGUUCGGGUUUUUUGGCAUUACAUAAAGACAUUGGUUAUGACAGGAAAUGCCAAAUUUCAAAGUUAAUAUUUCAAGGAUGGAUGUCUUCAAAUGAUCCUAUAUCAAAAUGGCAGGAAUAUGCAUUAAAUAGUGAAAUCCAACCAGCGGUUCUGAUGGAAUUUGCUUUGCUUUAUUGGUUGAACAGAAAGGCUGAUGCUCGCUUAGAAAUUGAACUGAUCAACUUUACGAAGCUUUUAAAUGCCAUCUGUUCGUUAAAUGAUUCUGAAGAAGUUUAUGCAGGCUACAAUGAGGUUUCUAAUUGGUGGAGGGACGUUCGAAUAAUCUUGACCAAUUCCAGUAACCCGUUUAGCGCACUGACAGCAACAAUGGCAUGCAGAGCCGUAUCGGUAACAAUACAAAGAAAUAGAGACCGAUUGCAAACUAGUUGCAGAGAUAACAGUGGAAAUGAGGAAGGUAAUGAAACAAAUUCUGCUGAUGGGCCAGAACAAAUGGAUGAAAAGGACGACAGAGAUGACAAUUCGUCCGUCGAAGAAGAAGCAGUUAGCUGCAUAAGUGACUGGGAAAACGUGAGCCGAGAUACCUGCCAGUUUUCGUUACUUAUUGGUAAUUUAGAGGAUAUCACGGUAUUAAAUGCUGUAGUCAGUAAACCUCCGGAGUUAGAUGAGACUACGACGUUUUAUACUCUGCCACAUGAAGCUAUAAACGUCUCAUUAGGACUUGUUCUCUCGAAAGGCAAAGGGUCCGUGUCAGAGAUUGUUGCGAAAUGGCUGAGCUCAGCAGGAGUUGAUCCAGCUCGCCUAAUAGACACGACGGACGUUGAAUUCGAGCAAUUGCGGCUCGUGGCCGCAGAUUCAGCGCAGCUCUCUAGCUCCUCGGACGAAGCGAAAGCUGUUGAACUCAAGCUGCAGCAACAUCCGACAGCUUUGCUGCCAGUUUCAGUGGAAAUUGGCCGCGAAGCCUACCCCAAGCCAACUGCUCUCGCAAACGUACUAGAUCAAGUAGCCUUACUCAAGCGCUAUUUCCCGUACAGCUUGACUAGCAGCGUUUUACUCGCUAAUCUAGCAUGGGAAUACGUGAUAUCGUGGAAUAAAGAUAUCACGAAGCUGCAAGCUUUGGAGGCCGCGUUAACUGUGCUGCGUCAAAUUCCGCUGAGCAAAGCUCGCCACGGAGUUUGCUGCCUUUUAUGGAGCGUGCACUUGAAGAAAAGAAUGGAAAGCAUUGCCAAGCUUAUCAAUAAGUUAGGUAAACUACCGAAAGAGCGGUUGUGCAUGCAAGACCUCGGGCUGUCGACUAUGCAAGUAAUCACGUUCCUACAGCACUGCACCAUGUUUUUAGAAAUUUUUUUGGAUGCGGAGGUCAUAGAAGAGGAAAACUGCUAUUUUGUGAGAGCUGAAGAAUUAUGGGAAGGCCAUCCGCCUGGUCCAAGACCGUUCGCUGUCUUGGCGAUUUCUCAGGCGCUAGCUUGUUAUGAUUUGUUGUUACUGCAUUUGCAGUUGGUAAACGUGUUGCACAUGAUUGCCUACUUCAAUUUAAAAAUACCAAAGCCCAUAAACAACCUGUUUGAUUCGAUGGCACAUCAAUAUUUUUUCCAAGACAUCUCCAACAAGACAAUGAUUCCCUGGUACAAGGACGACAAGAGAGAUCGUCAGCGAAUUGAUUUUCUUUGUCGAGUUAUUACGGGCUCCAUGGAUUCUAUUCAUCAGGAGACGACAGGCGUAGAAAACUUGGAUUGGAGACAAGCAAUGGAAUGGAUGAGCAAAUGUCAAAGUCUUGCGUCCACUUGGAAAGUUAGUUACGAUGAAUUGAGAAUACAUCAGGUUUGCCAGUUGUAUGUGAAUGGAUUUGAUCAGCUGGCCGAAGAGCUAUCAAGCGCUGUGAACGAUACUGAAAGGCUAGCCGCUAAGCUGUUACCUAUAGCAGGAAGACGCAUGAUGGCUUAUUUAGCCAAAGUUCCGAAUAUCUUGGAAGCAUUGACGAGAACAAAUCCAAUGCUUACAAAUUAUUUACAGACUCUUUCCUGGGAUGAUCCAAGCUUAGUUUACACAAACUGCACCAAUGAUGAUACAGUGCAAUUAGUGCGAAAAGUCUUGCACAAUCUUCCCGAGUCCCAUAAGCAAUAUGACCUAGCACAGCUGAUGCUCGAUGCAACCUUUAUGUAUGCAGGCGAUACACCAGGAAGCGUCGAUUGAUGAAAAGUUCAUAACAAAGUAUAAAUGAUUUUAAGUAGGUUGAUCACUGAAGUAAGAGAAAGAAAGAGAGGGGAAAGGAGUCGCCUGUGCAGUGUUAUUAUUUACACGAGGACAAUUCUUUUGAAAUUUAGUGAUCUUCGGCAAGUAUUUAUAUACUGCUCGUUUGUACAUUUUCAACCAUUUUGAUAUACUUUCUAAGUCUAAAUGUUGUUACACUUGCAUCAAACAAGGUCAAUGCGCUAAUUUUUGCGCUAUUUUUAACUUGCAUAAAAAUAUUGCACAUGUAGAUAUAUUGAAUUUGUUGAAUCUAGUGAGAAAAAAUUACUACUAGUGAACGCAAAUCGGCGACGAAGUUUUCGUUAAUUUUUCGCCAAUUGAAUAUCGGCGUUGGUAGAAAUGGGAUACGAUAAAGUGAAAGAUGAUGUUUAUAGAAUUGAAGCAUAAAAUAAACAGUGA